CUCCUUCCUCCGUUCAUUGUGAGUGGCAAGCUGAACGAUGCGAGCGCUCGUAGCUGUUGCCGCCGCCCAGUAGAGUUUCCCCGCCCGAGGACCAAGCACAACGACACUGACAACGAGAGCGUGAGCGCAAGAUACGAAGACAAGUCCUUUUUUCAAACAAGUGUCAAACGUUGUCGUGGCGAAUUUAUUCAUGCUUUAACCAGUCAUCGGCAGAGCGCGAGCGAGAGGGGAGAACGAGAGCGAGUCAGCCUAGAGACGGAUAAGGAAGGAAUAGGGGGGAAAUAAUUGCUCGUAUAUUUCGGUCCUCGCCAACCGUUACUUUGGAUAUCAAGAAGAUCAGAGGUUGUGUAGCCAUGGGAUGUACACUGAGCGCCGAGGAGAGAGCGGCUUUGGACAGGAGCAAGGCUAUCGAGAAAAACCUCAAAGAAGAUGGAGUCACAGCCGCGAAAGACGUAAAACUACUCCUGCUCGGGGCUGGGGAGUCAGGGAAAAGUACCAUCGUGAAACAGAUGAAGAUUAUCCACGAGGAUGGCUUCUCUGGUGAUGAUGUGAAGCAGUACAAGCCUGUGGUCUACAGCAACACAAUCCAGUCCCUGGCUGCCAUCGUCCGUGCCAUGGACACCCUUGGCCUGGAGUACGGAGACAAGGAGAGAAAAGCUGAUGCUAAGCUGGUGUGUGACGUGGUGAGUCGUAUGGAGGACACCGAGCCAUACUCUCCUGAGCUCCUGGGGGCUAUGAUCCACCUGUGGUCCGACUCCGGCAUCCAGGAGUGCUUCAGCCGCGCCCGAGAAUAUCAGCUCAAUGACUCCGCCCAAUACUACCUAGACAGUUUAGACCGGAUCGGUGCUCCUGAUUACCAGCCCACAGAGCAGGACAUUCUCAGAACCCGAGUCAAGACCACUGGCAUCGUAGAAACUCACUUUGUCUUCAAGAACCUGCACUUCAGGCUCUUUGAUGUGGGAGGACAAAGGUCGGAGAGGAAGAAAUGGAUCCACUGCUUUGAGGACGUGACAGCCAUUAUCUUCUGUGUGGCACUGAGUGGGUAUGACCAGGUCCUGCAUGAAGAUGAGACCACGAACCGCAUGCAUGAGUCUAUGAAGCUGUUCGACAGCAUCUGUAACAACAAAUGGUUCACAGACACCUCCAUCAUUCUAUUUCUCAACAAGAAGGACAUAUUUGAGCAGAAAAUUAAGAAAUCUCCCCUUAGUAUCUGCUUCUCGGAGUACACAGGCGCGGACACCUUCAUAGAGGCAGUGGGCCACAUUCAGUCUCAGUACGAGAGCAGGAACAAGUCCCUCCAGAAGGAAGUGUAUGCCCACGUCACCUGUGCCACCGACACCAACAACAUCCAGUUUGUGUUUGACGCUGUCACCGACGUCAUCAUCGCCAACAACCUGCGUGGUUGUGGCCUGUAUUAACCCAGAGGAUAGACCCAGUGUGUCCCUGGAUUGACCCUUCUCCUCCACUUUUCCCUCACCCACAUAUCAAAUUAAUUCACCUUUUAGAUUUGUUAAAUAUUAAGACAUUUUAAUUCCAUUGUAUAAAGAGAGACAGCUGUAUUUUGUGCCUCAGGCAUUGAACAUCAUCCGUCGAAGUGAAUACAGGAAAGAGAGAAAAUCCUUGACUGGAACAAUUAGUUUAGUGUCAUAAAGAAUAUACAUUUUGACAAUCACUCACCUGCAAAACUGUUCAAGACAAUCUGGACAUCCAUGGUGAACCACAUUUCCGAAGAAAGAAUGCAGAUAUUAUAGACAUGCAUUUGAUACAUUUGUAGCAAAGUCAUGUUAGCGGUAGGUUAUUUCAGAAGAUAUGCUGUUUUACUAAAACACUAAGGCAGUUAUUGCUGUUGUGUAACCGUGUGUAAGUGGCAUUGGGUCACCACCAAAGAUAAACCAUCAUCUACAGGUUACAAGGAAAACUGCUCAUCUUUACCAACAAAGUAUCUAUUAUAAUUUGGCAUUUUGCUUAUUGAGUAAUAGUCAUCUGAUAUGAAAGGAAUUUGUGCCUGGACGGUUUUGUGAAACACUUAAGUUGGAAUUGGAGUUGAUGAGUUGGGGAUUUGUUUGCGGCUAAUGGAAGAUGGUACUGUAUAAAUAAUGUGAAUUUUUGGGUGGAUAUUUUUUCUUCUGUUCUGCUCAUAUGUCAUGUAGGUUCUGAGAUUUUAGUCUUGGAAGGCUUUUUUUUUGUUGUCACUAUAAGUUUUGUGAGAUUCAAUGAUUGGGUUUGAAAUGUGUAAGGUUUGAAAGUACAACCAAAUAUUUAAUUUACACUAUAGUGGCCUGAAGGGUACAUUUUUACUAAACAGUGUAAUUGGGUAAGAAAUGGAGACCAUUUAUCAUGCAAAUUGGCAGGAGUGACAAUCAACAUAGUCACUGCCUGAAGUUGAGUUAGAGCUGAUAGUUAGAGAUGUAGAAAUAUUCAACUGUCAUAUUUAGUCUAUCAUUUCCUGUUGCAAUUUAGGUGCCUCAGCAGUCUCAAUCAAGCACUUGGAGUUGUUUACCUUAUGGUGAUUGGCUUGGCUAUGUCAGUAGCUAUUUUAUCUUACUGGUGCCAAUGCCAUAUUUAAUGGGAGAGUGAAUAGGCUAAGGAGCAGGACGUUUCUGUGUGUGUUAGAGCAGAUAAAGUAGUAUCUGUUUGUGGUAUACUGUAAGAGAGCGGAUUAGGUAUCUGUGGAAUAAUUAUCCAGAAAACAGCUGCUCCAUUCCCCAUUACACAGACCCUCAGGGAGGACACCAAAUGUCACAACACCCUCCCUGUUCUUCUGCCAAAUAAUGCCAAACCACUCUAAGAAGGGUCAAAACUUCUUGGUUUCUUGCCAAAUAAUAUGCCGCUUCCUAAAUCAGGGGGUGGUCUGAUACCACCCUCCUCGUUUAGCUGUACAAAAACCUGUACUCGUUUCUUGUCAUGGCUGUAGGAAUCGCCAUCUCUUAGAAAGUACUAAUUUGUCUGCCUCACAGCAUCACACCCAUGUAGGUACCCGGUGAAUGGGGGUAGGGAAGAUGUUACCAUGAUGAUCGUUCUUAUCACCACGCCUGCCUUAGCUGGUAGGUACAGCCUCGUGUGUUAGAUGACUCUGAUACUCUAGUCACUGCAGUGAUUCUAGGGGCUCUGUAAAAGAUUUGUUGACUGUACUGCUGUACACUAAAAUGUCAUUGCCGUAAGAUACUGUGUGUUGCUUCGGUAGAUACACAGGACAUGGGAGGCAAAUGCUUGUGCCAACCCUCAGGCCAGUUAGUUCUCCACAACAGGACAUGAACUCUAAAUUGCCAUGAGCAGACAAGUUCUCAUUCUGUGCCAAAUCUGUUGAGACAGUGUUCAUGUGCUACAUUUGACAUUUUAUGAACAAUAAGAAGCAGGGGAGAAUGACUGCCCCCUUUCAUUGAAGCCACAGAAGUUCAAGGCCUACCGUGGUACUUGUGGUGAAUCUUCAUGUAAAGAAACAGAUUUUUUAAGACAAUCUUGGUACCAAUAAUUGCUUCUAAUACAACAGAUGUAUGUCCUUAAACCGAUUAUUUUACAAUCGCACACAGAACAAGUUAUAAGUAUAAUUCAGUUGCUAAUUGCAGCCUGCAGUACCCCGGUCGACCUUCUACUGGAGUUACUCAGUGAGAGGGGGCAACACUGAGCUAUCCUGCAAUGCCACUUCCUGGAGUUGCUCAAACUACGCAUGUUAUAUCUUGUGUUAUAUCUAUAUCUUAAAUAAUGGUGUCACAUGAUCAAUGGCCUUGUCCAUUCAUAUAUACAGUCAUUGAGUAUCUUUACAUGCACAGUAAUAAUUAGAUAUUAAACUGAUUAUGGCAGUAGGCAGAUUAUGCAAUAGUCAUGAAAACACCUUACUCUGCUAAUCUUAAAUCGGUGUCAGGUCAAAAUCAAAGUAGGCAUAUGCUGGUUUUCUGAGCAAUCUUCUGAAUCAUUAGGACCUGUAAACAUCUUAAUCGGCGCUCCAGCUGUGUAUUUGAUCUGUGCAUGUUCUAGCACCUGCCAAGCGAGCCUCCCUCUUCCGCGAAUGAAGUGAGCGGAACAACUGAAUGUAAGCGCCUUAAGUAGUUUUCAUAUGUAAACUUUUUAUGACUGAAAUCAGAAUAAAAUAUGUUUCCCAAAAAUGA